AUGGCUCCCACACAAAUUGACCACGACCCCGAUGUUGAGAUGCACGAGGAUGAUGACGAUCAGGCGGAGCGCCUGAUCAACGAGGAGUACAAGACGUGGAAGAAAAACAGCCCUUUCUUGUACGAUAUGAUUUUGGGGAAAGCUCUCACAUGGCCAACUCUGACUGUCCAGUGGUUUCCUGAUAUCAAGGAGCCAGAGGGCGCCAACUACCGCACCCACCGCCUCCUGCUAGGAACUCACACAUCUGAUGACAGCCCCAACUACCUCCAAAUUGCCGAUGUGCAAAUCCCAAAGGCCGUUGCCCCUAACCCUGAUGACUAUGAUGAGGAACGUGGUGAGAUCGGCGGGUAUGGAAAGUCUGGCGAUGUCGCAGCCAUCAAAUGCGACAUUGUGCACAAGAUUGAGCACCCGGGCGAAGUGAACAAGGCUCGCUAUCAACCACAAAACCCCGACAUUAUUGCUACCUUUUGCGUCGAUGGCAAAAUUCUUAUCUUUGACCGCACCAAGCACCCCCUGGUUCCCCCUACCUCGGUAGGCAAGUUCAACCCUCAGAUCGAGUUGGUAGGCCACAAGUCCGAGGGUUUCGGCCUCAACUGGAAUCCCCAUGAAGAGGGCGGUCUUGCCUCGGGUAGUGAAGACAAGACCAUGUGUCUUUGGGACCUGAAGAAGCUGGAAGCCGAUUCCAAGAUUCUCAAGCCCAGCAGAAUUUACACGCACCACACGCAAAUUGUCAAUGAUGUUCAGUAUCAUCCUAUCUCGAAGAACUUUAUCGGCUCCGUAUCUGAUGAUCAAACGCUUCAAAUUGUCGAUAUCCGACAUAGCGAGACUGACAAAGCAGCCGUUGUGGCUAAAAAGGGUCACCUGGAUGCUAUUAACGCUCUCGCAUUUAACCCUCACUCAGAAGUAUUAGUGGCGACGGCUUCUGCAGACAAGACCAUUGGCAUCUGGGACUUGAGAAAUGUCAAGGAAAAGGUUCACACCCUGGAGGGACACAAUGAUGCUGUGACAUCGUUGUCGUGGCAUCCUACCGAGGCCGGCAUUUUGGGUAGUGGUAGUUACGACCGCCGCAUUAUUUUCUGGGAUCUCUCUCGUAUUGGCGAGGAACAACUGCCCGAUGAUCAGGACGAUGGCCCUCCUGAGCUGCUGUUCAUGCAUGGCGGUCACACCAACCACUUGGCCGACUUCAGCUGGAACCCGAAUGAGCCUUGGCUUGUCGCCAGUUCAGCCGAAGACAACCUCCUCCAGGUCUGGAAGGUUGCGGAAUCUAUCGUUGGCAAAGAUGAUGGCGAACUGCCAGUGGAUGAGUUGGACCGAUAA